AUGCCGUUUGGCGCCGGUGAUGCGAGCAAGGGCACGGCGGCUGCGUUUUCAUUUGCAGCGCCAGCGUCAUCCUCGAGCCAGUCGUCGUCAUCCUUUGGUCUUCCCCCAACCACUAAGCCUAGUGGAUUCAGUUUCGGCGGCAGCACCGCAAGCCCUGCAAGUACGGGGAGUUCAACGACGCCCCAAGUCCCCUUCUCUUUCGGCGGAUUGCACACCAACGGCAGCAGCGCACAAACCGGAGCAACGAGCAGCUUCUCUUUUGGCACCAAUUCUGCUCUUUCAGUGGCAGCGAGCACGCCGGUGGGUGGCUUUAGGUUCGGAUCGGCCCCCGCCAAGUCUCCGGCUACCGCCCCGACCGAUGAGGCCCCAGCGAAGGAACCAGCGCCGGUGACGGCGACAGCGCAGCCGAAGGCCCCUGUCUUUGGUGCCGGCUCGUUUAACUUUGGCUCCGCGGUGAACAGCUUCGUUGAGGCUCGCAAGAAGAUGCAGGAGGAGAAGGGUCAGGAAUCGGAGACCGACGGCGAGGGCGAGGACAAGGGCGGUGACGCACCCAAGGAUGACGCUGACGGCACUGGCUUUGGUAGCGAAGUCGUCGAGCAGUCGGCGCGCGACGUUUUGGCGACGGCGCCAUCAAAGCUGUACUUGUUCGUGAAGGGUGAGGGCGACACGCCGGGCCGCUGGGCGGAGCGGGGUGCCGGGGAGGCGAAGCUCAUUGCCGAGGAGAAGAAAGCGGAUGCUGGGGUUCAUGUUCACCGACUUCUGGUGCGCGGCGGCUACGCCCUCAACGCGACCGUCGGCAAGAAUCUCUUCACGCUCUCCAAGACAGAGGCGAAGCAUUUCAUUUUAGCUGUCGCCACCAGCGAAGGCCCGCACACGUACCUGCUCAAGUUCACCGGCCCCAACGCCGAGGUGAAUACGACGAAGUUCUCGGAGGCAAUCAAGAAGAUUAUGCAGGAGGCGGAGAAGGCCGCGUGA